GAGGAGAAAUACCGGCGGAGUUGCGGCUCGAGCGGCGCCGGUGCACCGGAGCGGCGAGAUGGGAGACCAGAAGGAAUCUUUGCGUAAGAUCACCCACACGCUGGCCAUGAAGAAUGAGGAGAUUUCAAACUUCAUCUGCACUCUCAAACAGAGCCUUGACAACUUAGAGGCGAACUCCAGCAGAGUCCAGGAGGACCUGGAGUCUGAGUUCACCUCCCUCCACUCUGUUCUGGACGAGAUGAAGGAAAACAUGGUGACGCGCAUCAAACAGGAGAGAGCCAGCCGCACGUAUGAGCUCCAGGGUCAGCUGAGUGCCUGUUCCAAAGCCCUGGAGAGUUCGGAGGAGCUGCUGGAGCUGGCCAACCAGACGCUGUGCUCCUCUGAGACGGACGGUUUCACUCAGGCGGCCAAAGACAUUAAGGAUAGGUAUAGUACUCAGUCAUCCAUUGUUUCCCUUUUUGUUAUAGCCUCCUGUAACCAUUGAGCCAUCUCAUAAUGUAGCAUGCAUGCAUCAAACGUGUAGCCACCGCACCCAUUUCGU